UCCAGCUAAACGUGGCAUUAUCAUCGGACUGCUAAUCUGCACAAGCUCACUUGUCGGCAUAAGUUCACUUCUUAUCUUCACCUCCCACAAUGUUUACCCACCCACGCUGCGUACGUCACUGGGUGACGUCACUGGAACUCGGAAACAUAUAGAAAACAAACCUAUAGAGGUUUUCUAUGGGAUCCCUUAUGCCCAACCUCCUGUGAGAGAGCUGAGGUUUAAACCUCCGGUGCCGCAAGAGCCGUGGUCCGGCACCAAAGACGCCACCCAGAAACCAAAUUCCUGCUGGCAAGAGAUUGACGAGGCGUUCGAUCGUUUCCCGGGGGUGGAGAUGUGGAACCCCAACACGGCGAGAAGCGAAGACUGCCUGUACCUCAACGUCUGGCGGCCGUCUUGCUCAGUCGGCUGUAACGAACCCAAACCGAUAAUGGUGUGGAUAUACGGCGGAGGUUUUUACUCCGGUUCCACAACGCUUGAUGUCUACGAUGGCUCGUAUUUAUCCGCCUAUAAAGACGUCAUCGUCGUAUCCAUUGCCUACAGACUUGGAGUUUUAGGUUUUAUGUUUUCAGACAGUGACGACGCCCCUGGAAAUAUGGGGCUGUUAGACCAGACAAUGGCUCUACGGUGGGUGAAAGACAACGCCGUCAACUUAGGUGGGUCGCCGGACGACAUCACACUAUUCGGAGAAAGUGCGGGUGCGAUUAGCGUUGGGUAUCAUCUGCUGUCCCCGCUAUCGCGUGACCUGUUCACCUACGCCAUCAUGGAAAGCGCCUCGCCGUUGUUUGAGUUGCCAGCUGGUAAAAAAGAAGCCGCUUUAAAUAAAACAAUUAUCCUAGCUGACAUCCUCUCCUGUCCAACUGACCCGCCCGCUGCCAUGAUGACCUGCCUCCGAGAAAUCGACUCACAAACCAUCACGAAAAAACAAUGGGAGCUUGAGAGAUUUUAUCCCGGCAUUCCUUUUUGGCCGUUGGUAGACGGAUACUUCCUGCCUGACGAACCCGCGCUCAUGAUUCAACGCGGUGACGUCAAAAACACCAGCGUCAUAAUCGGAGUCAACGCCAACGAAGGAACCUAUUUCUUUGUUUAUUUAUUCAUGAAAUAUUUCCCCAUCAACGGAGAUGGGCAGAUCACAGAGAGGCAAUACGACGAAAUCCUACACGAAAUCUUCUCCGGCGACAGCUCAAAAGUAUCGCAGGUAAAGCAAGAGUACUCACGAGAACCAGGCCUGUCUUACACUGCCAGACUAGACGCCAUCUACGGCGACAAGCGGUUCAAAUGCCCGGUCGUGGACUUCGCUCGUGAGUACGCCAAGGUCGGCGGGAAAAUUUACCUGUACAGCUUUGAGCAUCGCGUGAGUACCAACCCGUGGCCGGAGUGGCUGGGCGUGGCCCACGGGUAUGAAAUUGAGAUCGUCUUUGGCUUGCCUUUAGCUCCAAGCUCCAGAUACACGGAUCAGGAGAGGGAGCUGAGCUUAAAAGUGAUGGAGUUGUGGACCAAUUUGGCAAAAACUGGGUAA